AAGUGCCAGAGCGCGAGAAGCGGUUAAGAGUUGGAAAGUUGCAGCAAAGCAAAGCAACGCAGAGGCAGAGUGUGAGUGGUGAAGAGAUACCAACAAAUUUGAUAAAGACCACAUUUUUUGUUACAUUAUGGCACUAUUUGGAGUCCCCAUUUUUUUGUGUGAACAUUAUCUUCCCAAUAUCUUCUCUUUCUGGUUCUCAACAAAGCCUCCAAAUUCAACACACUUCCCUAUAGCUGUUACCCAGCUCUACUGUUCUUGCCACUUAAACAUGCAAAUAUAAUCUCCAGUGAAAUGGAAUCUUCAAGUGCUGCUGAUAAAUACCAAAGGCAAUCAAUUGAGGUGUUUGAGCCAGCAUCGAGUCGUGAUAUUAGUAGGAAAGAGGGUGUGGAGGUGAGAGAGCUUAAAGUUGAAGGAGAGGUGUCUGAGAAUUCGAUAUCCAACAAGGAUCCGAUUGGGAAGUGGAUGGCUUUUGAAGCGGAGACUAGCAAAGCUGGGAGUGAUGUUAAAAGAAUCGAAUCUAGCAUUGCACAAAGGACUGCAGAAUGGGGAUUAACGGUGAGGAUGGAUGUGGGGGAAGGUAGCUUCCAUGCAAUUCCAAAGAUUUCGUUUGGAGAAGGGGAAAGAAACAAGAACUCGUUGGAGAGGUUCUCGACAGCUGAAUCAACAAGGACAUCAGAGUCGUCAAAUUAUGGAACGGAUAUGCCUCGUGUAUCUCAGGAACUUAAGGAUGCUUUGGCAACACUUCAGCAGACAUUUGUUGUCUCCGAUGCCACUAAACCAGAUUGUCCUAUUAUGUAUGCUAGCAGUGGCUUCUUUACAAUGACCGGUUAUUCUUCAAAAGAGGUUGUUGGAAGGAAUUGCCGCUUCCUGCAGGGCCCUGAUACAGACCCGAACGAAGUAGACAAAAUACGGACCGCUGUAAAAACCGGGAAAAGCUACUGUGGCAGGCUCUUGAACUACAAGAAGGACGGGACUCCUUUUUGGAAUAUGCUAACCGUCACUCCCAUAAAAGACGAGAAUGGAAACACAAUCAAAUUUAUCGGAAUGCAGGUAGAGGUAAGCAAAUACACUGAAGGAGUUGUUGACAAGACAUUGCGACCGAAUGGAUUGCCUCAGUCAUUGAUUCGAUAUGAUGCUCGCCAGAAGGAAAAUGCUUUAGGUUCGAUUACUGAAGUUGUACAAACCGUAAAGAAUCCACGAUCAAGUGCAAAAUCUACAAGUCAGGAUGCAAAGCAAAUGGAGUUUAUGCUUCCUAGAUUGGCUGAAACUGAAAGCAUUGGUACACCUAGUUCACAAACCCCUCAAUGGGAUCCCAAUUUAUCUCGGCAGGACUCUGAUAAAAAGUCUAGAAAAUCAACACGCGUUUCUUUGAUGGGGUCCAAAGGAAGGUCUUCAAGCAGUGCAGGCCCGACCAAAAGCCAACAAAUUACAGAGCCUGAAAUUUUAAUGACGGAAGAGAUACUUGAAAUUUGGGAGCGAGCUGAAAGAGAAAGGGAUAUACGCCAAGGGAUUGACCUUGCAACCACACUGGAGCGAAUUGAAAAGAAUUUUGUGAUUACAGAUCCUAGAAUUCCCGAUAAUCCAAUUAUAUUUGCAUCCGAUAGCUUUCUUGAGCUGACAGAGUACACACGUGAAGAAAUUUUGGGAAGAAACUGCCGAUUUCUUCAAGGGCCUGAAACGGAUCAAUCAACUGUUCAAAGGAUAAGAGAUGCCAUCAAAGAACAAAGAGAAAUAACGGUCCAGUUAAUUAAUUAUACUAAGAGUGGAAAAAAGUUCUGGAAUUUGUUUCACUUGCAACCAAUGCGUGACCAGAAGGGAGAAUUGCAAUACUUCAUUGGCGUUCAGUUAGAUGGAAGUGAUCAUGUAGAACCACUUAGGAACCGCCUCUCAGAGCAAACUGAGCUACAAAGUGCUAAGUUGGUAAAAGCUACCGCAGAAAAUGUUGAUGAAGCUGUUAGAGAACUUCCUGACGCCAACUUGAGACCAGAAGACUUAUGGUCUAUGCACUCUCAGUCUGUCUUUCCUAGGCCUCAUAGCAAGAACAGUACUUCAUGGGCAGCAAUACAAAAGAUCACUGCAACUGGUGAAAAAAUUGGCCUCAAUCAUUUUAAACCUGUGCGGCCAUUGGGAUGUGGAGAUACUGGAAGUGUCCAUUUGGUGGAACUAAAAGGUACAGGUGAACUCUAUGCUAUGAAGGCAAUGGAUAAAUCCAUAAUGCUCAACCGCAACAAGGUUCAUCGAGCAUGCAUCGAAAGAGAAAUCAUUGCUCUCCUUGACCAUCCUUUCCUUCCAACACUUUACUGCUCCUUUCAGACGUCUACACAUGUCUGCUUGAUAACGGACUUCUGUCCUGGAGGAGAGUUAUUCGCAUUGCUUGACAAACAACCCAUGAAAAUGUUUAAAGAGGACUCUGCGAGGUUCUAUGCUGCAGAGGUUUUAAUUGGCUUGGAAUACCUUCACUGCUUAGGAAUCGUAUACAGGGAUUUGAAACCUGAAAACAUUCUAAUUCAGGCUGAUGGGCAUGUUGUGCUAACUGACUUCGAUUUAUCCUUUAAGACGACAUGUAAACCCCAAGUAAUAAAGCACGCUCCUCCCAAAGGUAGAAGGCCAUCUAAGAGCACUCCGCCACCAACAUUUGUUGCAGAACCAGUUUCGCAGUCGAAUUCAUUCGUUGGGACUGAAGAGUACAUUGCUCCAGAAAUUAUAACCGGUGCUGGUCACAGCAGUGCUAUUGAUUGGUGGGCUCUAGGUAUUUUGCUGUAUGAGAUGUUGUAUGGGCGCACGCCAUUUAGAGGAAAGAAUAGGCAAAAGACAUUUGCCAACAUCUUAAACAAAGAUCUUACCUUCCCAAGCAGCAUUCAGGUGAGCCUGGCUGCAAGGCAAUUGAUUCACGCAUUGUUAAAUAGAGAUCCUGCAUGCCGUUUGGGAUCAAAUAGCGGUGCAAAUGAGAUCAAACAACAUCCUUUCUUCCGGGAAAUAAACUGGCCUCUCAUCCGAUGCAUGAGCCCACCUCCACUAGACGCGCCUCUUCAGUUAAUUGGAAAGGAAACAAACACUAAUGAUGUAGACUGGAAUGAUGAGGGAGUGCUUGUUCAUCCCAUGGACUUCUUCUAGAGGGCUUUGUUUUCCCAAGAUGGGGACUUUGUUCUACUCUAUGCAUGAACUACUAUAUAAUUGCAUGUUCCCACAAAAGAGGAACAUCAUUAGACGAAGUUGAGGAGUUUUACAUUGUACAGAGCUGAUUUUAGCAAUGUUAAUCUAUAUAUACUCCAUUUUUCUUCUUUCAAGCUUUAUUUGGUUCUCCCUCUUCGAAGGACUUGAAGAAGAGAUGUAAAGUAGCCGGCAAUAAACAGUAGAUAUCCACUA